AUCGGCGGUUCCGCCAUUUUUCAUUUCACUCAAUCUCUUUCUUUUCUCUCUAUUGUUGAUCUCCAAUUAACAAGAUACGAGGCUCGUUUCAGGUCUCAAUCCCACUCCAGUGUUAUAGCUUCUUAUUCUUUUUCCAAUCAUGACGAUUGACGCCAAAAUGAAUCGCCAAGAAUUUGAUGAUAGUGCGUAUGUGAUUGGAAAUUAUGUGUUGAAUAUGUUUGAUCAACACUCUACUUCAGAUGAUAAGGACAAGAAUGCAAGAAGUUCCUACUUCGGUUUACCUGCGCUGGAUGUCUCUGUUGCAUUCCCUCAAGCCACAUCUGCAUCCUCCUUUCCUCCUUCCGUCUCGGACUUCUAUCAGUUCAACGACCUAUUGACUCCUGAGGAGCAAGCUCUCAGAAAAAAAGUGAGACAGUGCGUGGAAAAAGAAGUAGCUCCAAUUAUGACAAAGUAUUGGGAGAAGGCAGAGUUUCCAUUUGAACUUGUCCCAAAGCUUGCUAACUUGGGCGUUGCUGGUGGUACUAUCAAGGGUUAUGGGUGUCCUGGUCUGACUAUCACUGGAAGUGCUAUUGCUGUUGCUGAAGUAGCAAGAGUUGAUGCAAGUUGUUCCACUUUCAUUCUGGUGCAUUCAUCGCUCGCAAUGCUCACCAUCGCUCUAUGUGGAUCGGAGGAGCAAAAGCAGAAAUAUUUACCUUCCUUGGCAAAGUUUGAUACCGUCGCUUGUUGGGGUUUGACUGAGCCUGAAAAUGGAAGCGAUGCCAGUGGUUUAAGAACAACGGCAACCAAGGUUGAAGGAGGUUGGGUAAUAGAGGGGAGAAAACGCUGGAUAGGAAACAGCACAUUUGCUGACAUAUUGGUUAUUUUUGCCAGGAAUACAAUUACGAAUGAAAUAAACGGAUUUAUAAUCAAGAAAAAUGCCCCUGGUCUGACGGUUACAAAGAUAGAAAAUAAAAUUGGUUUGCGGAUGGUUCAAAAUGGAGACAUUGUAAUGAAUAAAGUUUUCGUACCUGAUGAAGAUAGGUUAGUUGGUGUAAAUUCUUUCAAGGAUACAAACAAGGUUCUAGCGGUUUCGCGUGUAAUGGUUGCCUGGCAACCCAUUGGCAUAGCAAUGGGGGUUUAUGACAUGUGUCACAGAUAUUUGAAGGAGAGGGAACAAUUUGGAGCACCAUUAGCAGCUUUUCAACUUAACCAACAGAAACUUGUUCUCAUGCUGGGAAAUGUUCAAGCGAUGUUCCUCAUUGGGUGGCGACUUUGCAAAUUAUAUGAAAAGGGAACAAUGACUCCAGGUCAAGCUAGCUUGGGAAAGUCAUGGAUCACUCUGAGAGCUAGGGAAACCGUUGCUCUAGGACGUGAGUUGCUUGGAGGCAAUGGGAUUUUAUCAGACUUUCUAGUUGCAAAGGCAUUCUGUGAUUUGGAACCAAUAUAUACUUACGAAGGUACGUACGACAUCAACACAUUGGUAACUGGGAGAGAAAUAACUGGUGUUGCCAGUUUCAAGCCUGCUGCUCUAGCCAAAAGAAGCCGCCUGUAAUCUUUUUGUUCAUGCAUGGUGAGCAAACCACUUAUAUAUAGUACUAUAAUAUAAUAUAUUAUCUCUAUUCUAUAAAUAAAAAGCAUUAUUUGUGUAUUUAGUUAGUUUCGCAUGGAUUGUCUCUACCAACUACUUCAUCAUAAUAUGUGAGUGAACUACUUCUAUUAAUAAAACUACAGUUAUUCAUUAUGUAGAGUGUAGGUUAAAAGAGAUGUGAAUGUUGAUUUUAAUGUCAUCUAAUGGGUACUAAGUUUGGAAGUC